AGGCCAAAUAUAUUCAGUCUUCUGUUGCAAAAGGUUCGUGCUCACAGCAUACGUGUCCGCAGGAUAGCACGGAAUUCAGGGGUCUGACUAGCUAAUAGGUCCUUCAGGCAAGAGACCAGGAACAGCACUAAGGGAGGUUGCAAGACCCUUUCUUCAGCCAUCAACAUGAAUGAAAUUUUACUCGCGUCCUUCAUGCUAUUGUUUGCCUCCGCGAAUGGUCAACGUGUACAGCAACAAGCUAGUGUUUCGAGAGGAAUUCUCCAAGGUAGAAUCAGAAUGGGAAUCUUGCCAGAGGAUUCCCAGAUCACCGUCAGAUCAGCGAUUCCCCAAAUUCCAGCUGCCUUGCCUGAACUCACGCCUCUGGAUAUCACCAUGAAUACCAUCGAGGACAUGGUGGACGUGGUGAAGAUGGAGGAUCCAAAGGACCCUCUCAUGGGCGGGCUAAAGGCUGUUAUGAAGGACGUGAAGGAGAACCAGCAGAAGCAGCAACAACAGCCUCAGGUCUCCACGAGGCAGGCCGGAAGCGAGGAAGCAAUGGCUGACGCCUUUGAAGACAGGGUGAGGGUGCUCCUGUCUGCCAGCGGCGUCGAGACGGUCCUCCCCCUCGACUGUGGAAGGAACCCCCAGAAUCCAGACAACCCGUUGGAAGAACCGCCUCUGCCGUGGAUAGCCGCCCUCGGAUCCAGGGAAGACGGGAGGUUCCAUUACCGGUGCACUGGGGCCGUUAUAAGCCGCUUCCAUAUCCUCACGGACGCUGACUGUGUGGCCUCGCCAAACAUAAACCUCGUCCAGUUUAACGUGAGUCGCCGCGUGCCGGACCCCAACGCCAUCCUUAACUACGUGGUUGGUCGUAGGAUUCAUCCCAUGGUCAAAGGAACUGAGGACCUGCUCAGUGGUUACAACUUGGGGCUCCUGGAAUUGGCUUUUCCUGUAGAGUUUAACGAAUACAUCCAACCGGUUUGCCUGCCCGGAAUAUUCGAGACAGCGAAACAGGAGUCACAGGACCCAACCCACGUCGUCGGCUUCAAUAAUAUUAGUGACACUCCCCUGGGACGAAUAGCAACUCUCUACUCUGAGGGUAAUUCCACAACCUUCGGGCCCGCUGGCUGCCAGAUCCUCAUCAAAGCCUACAACGAGCGGUAUCCUAGCCUGAUAUCCAAUUUAUUCUCACUUAUAACGAAGAAUCAUGUCUGCGUUAACAAGUUGUAUGAUGAGAUUGGGAAAUCAGUGGUGCUUCGUGAAAAUGCAGCCACAGGGAGAGUGCAGUUGCUGGGUGUUUCUGGCGUAGCCAAUGCCCGCUUUCCCAUCCCUAUUGCCUACACUCAAGUCCAGCCUCAUCGCUUGUGGAUCGAACUUGUCUUAAAGAAGUUUAAGGAUAACACAUCACGUCGCACUCUAGGCUGAAGAUUCUUUGGAAGUUAUGAGGUAUCUUCAUGACUGUCUCAAGAGUGUAAACCAUUAUUAUAUUUUUUUUUAUCACUGUGGCCAUGAGAACAAAGUGGAAAUGUCAUGCAGAGGAAACAGCAACCUUAGACUAACCAUUGUUACAAGCCACUACAUCACUUGGUUUCUCUUCAAUAUAGAUCAAGUGUUAUCUCUGUUCUACCUCGGUUCUCUAAAGGAGUAAUGUAAUAAAUGUCCAGUAUUCUUAAUCCAAGCAAUAGAUGGACAGUAUUGUACACUGUGUGACAACUACAAAGAACUCAAAUUAACCCAUUUUGUCUUACUCCAUCUCAAAGAGUCAUGCCCCCCCCCCCCCCCCAAGGCAUGAAGGUACUUGACAGAAAGGCUAUGACUGACAAAUUAAAUUCCUCCAAAUAACAUUAUUAUAUUUCAAAUGAUUACCGCCACAGCCAAGAGAAACUUUUUUAGAGGCUUUUUUUUUUUUUUUUUUUUGUCAGAUAUGAGAGCGGUGUUUCUUAAUAAUCAGUCAGUUAUGGUCAACCUUUCAAGUGCAUCUUUGAGUAGAGUAAUUGUCUGCCUUAAAUCAGAUCUCUGUGAAUUUAUUUAUUACCUAAAUGAUAAACUGUUUCUUUCUACAUACAUAUUUAAUUUUGUAUGUUGUAGUAGUAUUACCACUUUUAACAAUGUUUCUACUUCAUGCAGGCUAUAUUACUAUAAAAUACAAAAUCUCCAAAGAAUUGUGUACAAUAAUCAAAUAUUACUGGCAGCUGUAUAUCCAUAAGGGUGAUUUUGUUCUCAUUAUAGAUUAUGCCUGUUAAUUUGGUUGAUAAUGAAGAAUGAGGUGUGUGUAUGAGUCUGUUAUAAAUACAUUGUAUGAUAUAAUUUUUCCAUGUUAUUUCUCACCAUGAAUGUACCAUGUUUCCAGGGAAAUAAAUGAAAACCCUCAUUAUGGUUUACAGGGUAAUUUUGAUUUUCAAGAUUAAGCAUCACUUCAGUAUUUAAAUUUGUUGCUACAUUUUAUUUUCUGUAAAAAUAAGUAAUUUAAAAAUUACACUGCAUAAUUACCUUCUACAAACUUGUAAAAAAAAAAGCGACUAAUGUCUAAAGCAAUUUUAUGCAAAAUCCCAACAAUACUGUUGAGUGAGCGACAGAAUUUGCUGGUGAAAAUACUAUUACAAUGUUACAGUGCAAUUCCAUUGAUUCCACCUCACAAUACUACUUAAGACAUUGAUAACAUUCCAUGAAAGUCUACCAAGAUAUAAAGUAUUUCCUCUGAUUUAAUGAGGGAUAUACAGAAAAUGGAAAUGCACUGUCUUGGCUAACUGAUUAUGGGUGCUGCAACUUGUGUCUAGCGUAAAUCCAAAAUACUGCAAGAGAGGUUUAAUAUGUAAUUUAAGUUCAUUCCCAUGAAACUUGUCAAUGAUAUCUGCAAGAUGACUGUACAUUAUAUUGAAAACCAUAUGGAAUUCUGCACUGCAAGAAUUUUCUUGAAAUUCACUAACAAAAAGUUAAUAGUUCAAUGUGAUGAUAAUGAGUUAAUGUGAUAAGGAUUUUAUUUAAUAAAUAUAUAAGUGCAA